AUGCACUUCCCAGUCGCUCUCUCACUCUUGGUCAUCUCGGCCUCCACUGCCAUCACAGCAGCCCCCUCGGACUCAACCUUCACUUCAGUCUCCGGUGGUCUUGGUUCACCUCCUACAGAGAAGGAUUGCUGGUUCACUUUGGAAGCCUUCGACCACAGCGAAGGCCAAGGCAACUUCACAACGGUCACGCAAAGCGACGAUGGCACUCUCCUCCUUGGAGGCGGUUCUCCGGUGGCCAAACUCGGAAGAAAGAAGAACAGCAUGCCUAAUAUCCCCUCGCUCACCUUGUGGGACGACAAGUCCCGAAAGUGCCACAACUCGGGCGGUCGUGGAAAGCAAUUGACAUGCAACAAAAACCACAAGGGCGACAGGGAAUAUCUCAUCAAGCAGGCCGUUGUCAGAAAUGGAACGUCUGAAUGGAGCGUGCCGAUCCUCGUUGGAAAGAAUUCCGAGACAAACCACUUUUACGACUGCCCGAUCCCAGGCAUCCCAGGAGUACGCCAGAUUUUCGAAAAGUCCGACCACUUUCUUUGCAAGCCGGUUGUUCUUGUCCCGAGGCCGCGCGAAAGCUCGACGCCCUGCGCUUGCAAAAAGGUUGGCAUUUUCGAGCCGAAGAGAGAGACGCAACAGGUUUUCGUCUGA